AUGAUUAGUGGAGGCUCUGAAGCAAAUCGAAAGGACGUUGGGGAAGAAGAAGACACCUUGGGACUUCAGCGUCGAUCCAUGCGCUGGAAAAUCCAACUGGGACAACCCUCCUCCGCCAGGAGAGAAGAAGAAAAGAGCUGCAGAUUUCUUAAAGAACAGAAUCUAGCGGGAAGUCUCCCAGCAGAAAUUGUUAACCUACCCUUCCUUCAAGAAAUUGACCUAAAACGCAACUAUCUUAACGGAACCAUCCCUCCAGAAUGGGGAACCACCCAACUUCAAAAGAUCUCGCUACUUGGAAAUCGAAUAAGUGGAGGAAUACCAAAAGAAUUGGGAAACAUAAGCACACUUACAAGGCUGGAUUUGGAGAUCAACCAGUUAUCAGGGCUCAUCCCUCCGGAGCUUGGAAAUCUCACCAAUAUAGAGUACUUGUAAGAAACAAAUAGACUCCAAUUGGAAGAUAUUAUGCUCUUUCUGAAAUUUUUUUAUUGCUUUUGCUCAUUGUCUUUCAAUUGCAUAGUCUUGUUAAAGAUCCAUCUAAGUAAACCAAGUAAAUUAGCUGAGUAUCCGAGAGAAGACGCCAAUGAUUCAAAAUUUAAAUAUAUAUAAGUUAAUU